AAUUAUUUUGAUUGACACUUCAUAAAAUGUUUUAUUUUUGUAUUGAAGUUAAUUAUGUCUUGAUAAAUAGUUGUUCAAAUUAAUUGACCGUGGUAUUAGUUCUUUUUAUGAUUAGGUCUUCCAGUAAAGUGAACAGAAUAUGAUGUUGUCGCGUUCAAAACACCGCUCUUCGGUGGAAGUGUGUUCAGAUUGUGGGGCAUCAGAUCCGUCAUGGGCAUCUAUAAACAGAGGAUUACUUCUGUGUGCCGAAUGCUGCAGUGUCCAUAGAAGUAUGGGACGACAUAUAUCGCAUGUUAAAUCCUUACGGCAGGGAUCUUGGCCGCCUUCAUUGUUAUCUAUGGUGCAAGCUCUUACAGCUCAAAAUGUAAACAGUAUUUGGGAGCAUUCUUUAUUGGACACUUCAGCUCCAAAGCAUUUACGAAAGAAACCACAGCCUAAAGAUCCUCUCCAUCCAAUCAAAUCCGAGUUCAUAUUGGCUAAGCAUUUGAGGCUGGCAUAUGUUCUACGAGCCAGGCGUGACGAGCCCCCCGGCGAGCUGGGCAGACAGUUACACAGUGCAGUCAGAAGCUCCUCAUUAGAUACAGCAAUGAGAUUGCUAGCUCAAGGAGCCGAUCCCAAUUACUUUAACCAGGAGAAGGGAAACACUUGUCUUCAUGUAGCGUGCCGGGCGGGACAGCCUGCGCAAGCUGAAUUGUUGGUGGCCUGGGGUGCCGAUCCUACUGCCCGGGAUAGUAUGGGCAAUAUGCCUGCCGACUGUGCCAGAGUAGGUGGUCAUACGGAGCUGGCGGAUCGUAUGACGGAGUUGGUGUACGAGUGUUCAGAUAGACUCAUCCAGUUCCUGACGGGGGCGAGGCCCGAGCACUCCGCCGGACGACAUUACAUAGUACCUCGGGCACACGACUCACAUGAGAUGACGGAUGUGGCCAAGGCAGCUCGUGGAAAACUACAAUUGCUCCCCAACCAUUUGUUUGAAGAGCUGGUGAUGGAUAUCUACGAUGAGAUAGACCGUAGAGAGACUGAAGCGAUAUGGCAGACGAGUGCCACGGGGCUAGAACGUUGUGGCGUGGCGUUUCUUCCCGUGAACCCCGCGCUCUCCGCUCCAAGGAAUCAGGGCCGCCAGAAGUUGGCGAGACUGUCGGCACCUGAACUGGCCGCGCUGUUGAGGGACGUGCUGUUGGAUGCUACCAGGAGACAAAGGAUCGCCGCCCUACAACCUAGAGGUCUCAGCGGUCCCUCGAACCCUCUUCUCUCCGCGACGCAUCUCAAACAUCUUUCGCAGAUGUCAGACGACGAACCCCUGUAUGACUCGGUUGCGUCCGACGAAGACUACGCCGCGCUGGCACCGAUAGACCUCGACAUGUCCCACCUAGAUCCGCGAGCCGGUGAAGUAGUAGCUUCCACUUACAACCCCUCGCUACCAACCGAUCAAUCCACAUCCGAUCCGACCCGGUCCCACUCGCCCAGCCCGGGGCUGAGCGUGCCCAAGAAGAAAACAGAAAUAGAAAGUCUCAAGAAAGAGCUCGACAAUCGAGAUUCGACCAUAACGGAACUCAAGAACCAGCUAAAGAAUCUGCAGACCAUAGUCGAGCAGCUCACCAAAGAGAACAGCGCACUGAAGACCAGCAGUGUGGACGACGAUCACAGCAUGACGUCACAGACCUCCAUCAACGAGAGCAACAACACACUGGAGUUGUCACCUCAGGAGCGGGGGCGGAGUCUCGACACGGAACCUCUGACGUUAUCCGAGGACGUGGAGUUGAGGCAAGCGGUGAAAACACGGCCGGUCAGUAUGUUUGAGGCUAGGGAGGGACCAAAGAAUAACUGGCAGGUUACUAAACACCAGCUAACAAGUAUUCCUGGUUUGGAACGCUCCUUGACUCAAGGUGCGCUAGAGGGGGCUUCGGUCCAGCAGGCCCCCUCGGGGGAGGUCCAAUUGAGGGCGGAGGCCGUAACGCGCUGCAUACAGGAACUGUGGGCCGCGGCGAGGCUCAGAAGACCACAACUGCCGGACUGCGCCGACUCUAUCCGGAGAGCCGUCGCUGAUCUGCUGUCGCUGUUCCCGCAGACAUGUACGGACAGUGCCCUCCAACAAGUCAUAUCAGAACUGCGGGCGGCCGGUGAAGCGGUGGUCCUAUCUUGCAGCACUAGGGCUCCGCUGGACCAGGUGCGGGCGGCGGCCUACGACCUGGCCAAGGCCACCAAACUACUAGUCACGCACUUCACGCCCUCCUAGCGAAGCUACACCACACUGUAGUGCUAAAGUGUCUUGAACCGUUGAAACAGUGAUGAGUGCAUGCGUCUGUCAUAAAAGAUAUCACAGAGACCAUAUUCUGGUUAGUGGUUAGGUGAAAGGAAACCUGGUUCAUACUAAACAUUACCAAUGAAAUCUUUUAAUGUGUUGUCUACAAACAUGUUAAUAGCCACUACGAUAUUUCCUUGCUUUGGUGCUUGUUUUAACAAACAUUAAUCAUUUCUACCGUCAUAUUGUUGAUUGACAUUCACAUGCUUUGUAUCCGUAUGGGACUUCAGGUUUGCGAGUGGCUACUCGGUUUCAGGUUGUAAAACGAGGUACAGUAUUGCUUGUUGUGGUUGUAAUUCAUAUAUAAAGGUUAUUUAUAUAUAGAUAACAGUUUUUGUAAAUGUAUUGGGGUAGUUUUUGAAACGAAUGUACGAAGCUCCGGUCGAGUGAGUAACCACUUUUUGAAAGUAUGAUAUGUUGUUUUAAUGUUGUUGUACACAAAUAACUAAAGACUAUUCUGAAAUGUACAAAAAAUUUUAUUAUUUUUGUUGUGUAUCCGAUGUAGUAGGAACUAAUAAGAAUUUUAACAAUUUCCUCAUUGAAAUAUCUUUAUAAAAUAACUCAAAACAAACAACUCUCAAAUGUCAUGCUUUAAAUGUUUUUUUUUAUCUGUGCCAUAAAUGUAACAUUGAUACUAACAAUGUUCACAAACACAAACACAUGUACAUCACAAUAUAGAGUACAAAAAAAUAAUUUUUAAACAGUUUCCGAGUUUAUUUCGAUAGAUGCAAUUAUUGAUCAUUGUAAAUAUGUAAGGGAUACGAUUGUUACUGGCUUCAGUGUUACAUAACAUGCUCACGUCGUAUUUUAUCUGUGAGUUAACAGUUUAUGAAUGUUGUAAAUGUAUUAUAAAACUGCCUUUGAUUAAUAUUAACACAUUAUAUGUAUGGGAAUGCUAGUUUUUGAUGUUGUCUAUAGGUGCUUAUUAUAAUAAUGCCUUUGUGCGGUCAACUGUAAACAAGAUUGUUGCAGUAUUAGUUCAAUCCUAUGAACUCGUGUUAUUUUAUAGCCGACUUGUGAGAUGAAAUUCCUUGGACGUUUUUAAGUAAGGGAACUGAAUAUCACGUUCCCGAUCGUGGUCGUGUAAUGGCAAUAGUUUUGCGUUGACUGUACGAGUAAUGUUAUUGUGCCUGAAAUGUUAAUGUUAUAUCGAAAUUUUUUAGAUAGCUAGUUAUAUACUAUAUUUUAUCAGUUGAGUAGAUUUUAUACCAAUGUUCCACUAUGAUCUUGUAGAUAUGGUGUCUUGUGAAUUGAUGUGUACGGUGAUGUUUGACUCUAUAAAGGAAAAUUUACUAAUGGUUGAUUGCAUCUUAUAAAAAUGGUCACAAAUUUGUACUAAUUAAUUAUUAAUAUAUUAUUUUAUAUGAUUCCUUAAUGUUAUUAUCUGUAAAUAGUACUUCUGUGGGAUUUUUUCGUUCAAUCGUCAUAGCCGUUUCAUUAUGAUCUAAGUUAUUUCAUAGCUUAGGAACUUUAAAGUUGUGUUCAUUUUAAUUUUUAAGCUAAUAUAAUUUGCGUACAUGCUUUAAUGUCUAUAUUUUAUAGUAUUAUUUUUUAAUUUCUCUUAGUUAAUAUACGGAGUUCUAUUUACAGAGGUAUGCGUCGAAUUCUUGAUGUGUAGGCAUAAAGCAGUUAUACAUUCGUAUUAUGUGAUCGCAUUAUGUGCCAAUAUAUGUAAAAGACGUAUUUUAUUAGCACUACUUUUUACUGUCCCGUUUCCUAAAGCACUCACUAAGCUGUAUUGUAUGCUUGGUAUAAAUCAUUUACAUGAAAUAUAAACACACACAAGUAAUAAAUAAUAAAUGAUUAUUUAUUAACAAAAACGGUAUUGUCACUUGUCAUUGUGACAUCUCAUAAUAGACAAUCGGUGUUAUUUAUUAGCGGUAUAACAGAAUAGUUAAAUUUUGUGAAUAUUUAAAGUAACAAAGCUAAGUUCUCCAUUAAUAAAUCCUGGCACAUGAUAGUAGUAUACAAGUAAAUAAAUGACAAACUGAAAACUGUUUGUUUAGUGUGACAAUGUAAACUUAUAGUAAGGACGCGGGAGUCGAAAUAUCGGUUGUGAACUUAGCUAACCUCUUUACAAAAUUGAUUAUAAAUGUUUUUAUUUUCAGCCUACCAUUAAAGGAAAGUUUUUUGUUUAAGUUUUAAUUCUAUAGAACCAUAAGUAUAACCAAAACUGUAUUUUAUCCAAGCGUACAUUUAUAUCACAUGUUUAUAUUAUUUAGAGUUAAUAGUUUAAGCAACACUUAAAUAAAUAAUAAAAUUUCAGUUGUUGGCAACACCUAGGAAACGGGAGUCCAAAUUAACGAUUCGAGAAUUUAUAAUUUAUAUUAUAAUAAUUAAAUAUUGAUUUACAA